AUGUCUCAGAACCGUGGAGCCGUCAACCCUGCAGCUCGUGCCCCCCUCGAGGUCAGGCCACUCGACACACCUACCCCAGGACCCGGCGAUAUCCUCGUCAAGAACGAACUCAUCGCCAUCAACCCAGUCGAGGUCAACAUCACCAAGAACGACUUGUUCAAGUCCAAGUACCCCUGUGUAAUCGGCACGUCUUUCGGUGGUGAAGUCGUCGCUGUUGGCGAGGGUGUCUCUGACUUCAAGGUUGGAGACAAAGUCGCCGUCUACGCCAGCCCAACCGACGGCGACAAGUAUGCUGCUUACCAAGCUUAUGCGUUGGCCAAGGUUGACACGACCAUUCUCGUCCCAGAGGGCGUUGAUCUGGCUGUCCCUGUGAGCAUGAACGGGAACCUGACCACUGUCGUCGGCAUGAUCAGCGCCACAGCUGGUGUACCCAAGCCAGACAUUGAGAGCGAAGUAGCCGCCUCUGGCAAGAAGAUCCUCAUCUACGGAGGGACUUCUAACCUGGGUAGCUUGGCUAUACAGUAUGUUCGCCGGGCAGGCUACAGCGUAGUCACCACCACCUCGCCCCAAAACAAGGCCUUUGUUGAAACUCUCGGCGCCGAUAAGAUCAUCGAUCACAAACAGGAUCGCGACGCGCUUGUUAAGGCUUUCAUUGCUGAGGGACCAUACGAUGUCGUCGUUGAUACCAUCUCCUAUCCCAACACUGUCAGCAUACUCGCCGAUGUCCUAGCCGCCCAGGGCGGUGGCACAGUCUUUGCUACCCUACCCCCCUUUGGCCCAGAGACACUGCCCCAAGGUGUGGUCCGCCAGUAUACCUCGUGGCCAUUUGUCCUGUACAAGGAGGGCAAUGAGCACUUCAUCAGAUGGGCUUUUAAAGAGUUCUUUGCUAAAGGCAUUGCAAGUGGUAAGCUCGUGCCGACGCAGAUCGAAAGAGUUGGUGGUGGGUUCGAGGCGGUCAAUAAGGCUUUGGAUAUCCUAGGAAAGGGUGUUAGCAACUCCAAGGUUGUUGUUGAGCUUGAGAAGUAA